AUGAUUAAAGGAAUACUUGUAUUUAAUAACUCAGCUAAGCCACGUUUAAUUAAAUUUUAUGAACAUUAUCCAGAAGAAAUUCAACAGCAAAUUGUCCGAGAAACAUUUCUGUUAGUAUCAAAACGUGAUGAGAAUGUUUGCAACUUUCUUGAAAGUGGCUCAUUAAUUGGUGGAAAUGAUUAUCGUUUGAUAUAUCGUCAUUAUGCCACAUUAUAUUUUAUAUUUUGUGUUGACAGUUCAGAAAGUGAAUUAGGCAUACUGGAUUUGAUACAAGUUUUUGUUGAAACACUUGACAAAUGCUUUGAAAAUGUCUGUGAACUUGAUCUAAUUUUUCAUGUUGAUAAGGUUCAUUAUAUUUUACAAGAAUUAUGUCUUGGCGGCAUGGUAUUAGAAACAAAUAUGAAUGAAAUUAUUGCCAGGAUAGAUGAACAAUCAAAAUUAGAAAAACAAGAAGCUGGAAUUACGGCAGCACCAACAAAAGCAAUGACAGCAUUGAAAGAAAUGAACUUACCACAAAAAAUAAAAGAUAUUAAAUUACCCGAUUUAAAUCUUAAUCUACGUUUUUAA